AUGAAUUCCAACCAGGUUGAGAUAACAGCUAAUAAUAAUGAAAGCAUUCAAGAAAAAAAGUACAUAAUCAUGAACCUGAAAGAAGAAUGGGAACUGGUAGAGACUCGUCUACUAGCUCGGAAUAGGAUGACUUUAAUUCAUCUAGUAGCGUCAACAUUCACUGUAGCUUUUGGAACAAUUUUAUAUUUCCUUGAGAAAUAUAAUCGUACUGAUAACGUUUUGAACAUUAUAACUUCGAGUAUUGCCGCUACUGGUGGCCUUCUAGCUCUUAUAAAAAGUAUUGGUGAAAAAGUCAAUGUCUCAUCAUUAGUUCAAGCUACUAAAAAGGUCGUUGAUACAGGUGGUGCUUUCAUACCUAUGUUGAUAGCUAUAUCCGAUGAUCAAUUAAAGGCCUUAUCUACUAAAAGGCACAAAGAAUAUAUAAAUUUUUUAAAGCGUAUUAAUAUUCUUGUCGAACUUGAAUGGAAUUGGGCUAUAUGGUUUGGCGUUGGAACUUCUUCUUAUGUUAUCAUUUCUGCAAUCAUUGCGAUUUUAGUCAAUACCGGUCAUUUAAAUAAUGUUGCAUCUAAUAUCGAUCGACAUUUGGCUGUAAGCAUUGUCGUUGUUGGUGUGGUAUGGCUUUUCUACGUUCUGUUUCUACAUAUUAUAAAGUUCAUCAAUACUGCAAGCAAUGUUCAUUGGAGUUCAAAAGGCGACUUUGAAGGAUUUUGUUACAAUAUUUAUUUAGCAGUAUUGUAUAUACCCAUGAUAAUACCCACUUUGCCCUGGGUAGGGUAUUUUUUUUUUAUGAGAAGAAUGUAUGUAAUUAAAUGGGCAGAAGAAAGUGAAUUUGAUAAAGUUGUAUUCUUUGGAAAUGAGAAAGAAAGAGUUAAAGAAAUGUUGAAUAUUACAAAUUUUUUUAAUCCAAAAUAUCUCUGCUGCAUUUUCCAGAAGGCAAUUCUAAAAAUGAAAACUGACUAUAAAUUCAUUUUUGAAUUUAUAGAAUUAACUGAGGAUCAAAGAAAUGAACUUAGACGACUUAUGUGUGGGUUGGAAGGCAAAGAUGAUUUUUAA